AUGUAUCCAAAUUUAUUCAAGCAACUUGAUUUGCCGAAAAUCCCCAAUGACGUUAUCAAGCCAAGUGAUGUGGCAGCGCAAAUUGAAGGUAGUAGUAACAAGCUUGUAAUUUUUUUACCAAUUCCUGAAAAAAUUCAAGAUGAAAAUACGUACCCAGAACUAUCUGUAAAGAUGUUUUUCGACUUUAUGAAGACUGCUUAUCAAGUAAACUCGAGUUUCGACGAUUUAGCAACUACUUUAACGGCAAAUAGUGAGAUCGAUUGGACCGCCUUGGCUAAGACUACUUUAGAUUUUGAAGAAUCAGACAUUCCAUUGAGAGUAGGAGACAAUGCCAAAGCCGACAAAAAUUUGCAAAUAGCUAAAAAAUCUAAAAUAUUAAUAUUCACGUAAAAAUAGGAGUCAAGCACUUCGAAAAUGGGUAAAGAACAAUCAAAUUGUCCGAUAGGCCCAAAAGAAACUGAUGAAAACGAUAAAGUGAUCAAAGACAAAGCUCAGGGCACUUUAAACAAGUCAAGUAGUUCAAUACUGGCUGGACCGGAGAAUAAAAAAGAACCAAUUCUGUCGACCGUUAUGAAAAGAUGCCUAAGCGACGUUCUCCACGAGGGAAUACUUGAUUCCGUCCUUCCUUACAUGAUUUCCAAACCUGUACUUUCACAGCCAGUGAUAAAAAAACCCCAAGCGUUUGAACCAAAGAAAUCAAUUUCAGCUCCAAAUAUCAGUGAAAGUCGAGCUGUGGGCCUAAACAGUCUCAAAGAAAGAGAUAAGGACAAGAGUAAACAAAAAAAGUAUUCAGACGUCGAAGUCGAGAUCCACGUGUGCGAUGAAGCAAAGAACAUAAAGAAGGACUUUCGUUGUCCUCAAAAGUUACUGAUUCAGAAGAUGUGUUACUUUGCGGAUGUCACUGCAGGUCAGAAACUCGAAGAAAUGGACAUAUCGGUGCACUGCGACGUCGUCAUCUUUGACUGGCUGAUGCGAUGGGUCAAAAAGGACAUAAUUAAAAAAUCCGAGUGGCCCGUUCUCGAAACCAGCAAUGUCAUUCCCAUCAUGGUAUCCGCUUCGUUUCUCCAAAUGGAACCGCUUCUCCAGAACUGUCUCACCUACUGCCACGACAAUAUGUCGGAAAUACUAAAAACGACGACUCUCCUGACUUGUCUGAGCGAUAGUUUGCUAACGAGAUUAGCCGAUUUGUUCACCAAUGCAGAGGUUGAAGCUAUAAAGGACAAAAAAGAUAAAAUUCAGAGCCGACUCUUUUCCAAGCUUAUCUUAACUCUGGCUUAUCCCAAUCCUGACAACGGAAGAGGUCAUUUUGGCUCACUGGCUACGCUUUUCAAAUGUACAAAGUGUGAGAAAAAUGUUGUUAGAUCGAUUUCGGACUUAGUGCCUUGCGUAUCCGGUAACAUGAAAAUCGACAGCAAAGGAAAUCUUCACAGUAAGCAUACUAGAGACUUGACUUGGAACUUAAACGACUACAUAGUUUGUCUUCGCUCGGAACUGCGCUCCUGGCGCAGAGUUUACUGGAGACUAUGGGGCGACUGUCACUUUUUAUUCUGCAAGCAGUGCGGAAUUUACUUUCCAAUCAAUCAGAUGGACUGGUGUUCGUAUCAUCCGGAGAAUCCGCAGUAUUUUAUAAACGAGCAGCAAAGGACGACGCCCUUUCCCUUAGGUAGAUAUCCUUGCUGCAGUCAAAGAGCAUACAGGUUUCAAGCGAUAACUAAUAGAGACGGUUGCAAAUUCAGAGAACAUGUGCCGAAUAUAGUUUCAGAAAAUGAUGAGAGUAUUAUUAACAUUUUUCUCACGUACAGAGAAGUUAUUUCUCUCGAAACCCCGCAGCUAUUUUUUCCUGAAAAAAUCACGAGAUUAAUAGCGCGCGAUGCUUCGCUCUCACCAGGAAAGUUGGCAUGUAAAGAAACAUUUUGGUGGGAGGGCAUGGAAAUUUUGCCCGCUCGUCCAAAAUUAGGUCUUCUCGCUAAAAUUUGGGGAGGAUCAGGACUUCACAAACCUUGUCAAACUUCAAUGCAGAAAGCAAAAAAAGUGCGACAAGCUUCACAAGUGACUGAGGCUAUUUCAUCAGCAGUGUCAUCUGAGUCAUGCAGUGAUGGUGAUUAUGAGGAAAGCGAAAGUAAUAGCAGUUUUGAGGAUGAUUCUAACGGUGAAGAACCUCACGGCUGGGAGCCAAUUGAAUACUCUGUUAGAAGAAAAAAGGAAAGAGCAAAAAUUCUCAAAAGAUGCGAGGGAAUGGGUUCAUGGAGUGGAAAUUUAAGUAUAAGGUAUAACCAAGACAAUCAAAGAGAUUUUGAAGAAAAAGCAGCGACGCAAAUGAUAGCAUUAUUAUCUAAGAGAACGAUACUAGAGUAUAAUCUACAUCCCAAGAGUCAUUCAUUAGUUAAACACAAUCUAUGGAAUAAUAAUGCUCAACCAAUUGGUGGUAGUUAUGUAAGGCUAGAGGCUGAGUUUUUGAAUCAAGUCACUCAAGUUAAUAAAUGUAAAAGUGCAAUGCCAGUUAAGGGAUCGAUAAGAAUUAAAUCAUCUAAGUAA